AUGUCUAAAAAUCCAAUUCAAUUUGUAUCACUAAUAUCAAGAAAUGAUAAACCACUAUAUAUACAAUCAUUCAUACCAGGAUCAACCACAACUAAAGAUCCGAAUGAUAAAUCAACACAAACAACAUCAGCAUCAAGUAUAAAUAAAUUUUUAAAAUUCAAUUUCUUUAGUCAUAUGGCAGUUGACAUAUUUUCAUCACCUACAUCGUUAUUAUUAAGAGAACAACAACAACAACAACAACAACAACAACAACAACAACAAAAAGGUACAAAUCAAAGUGGUGUAUUACUAUUGUUUAUUCAAGAACAAGUAAUAGUGUAUGGGUACGAAUCUAAUAAUGGAUUAAAAAUCAUUGUUGGUGUUGAUCAGGGGAUUAGUAUAAAUCAAGAACUGUUAAAUAAUUUUAUAAAAAAUAUUUAUAAAUUAUAUUUAAGAAUUAUUUGUAAUCCAUUUAAGAAUUUUAAAGGUAUAGAAAGUAACAUAAAUGGAGAAGAUAAUGAUGAUGAUGAUUUAUUAAAUUCACCUAAGUUUGAUAAUGGUGUUAGAAGUUUAGUUGAGAAUUUUAUGAAAAAGUAG